AUGGCCUGGUGGAGCAGGGCGGUGAUACUACUGCUCGUCUGGUCUGCGAUCCUCUUGUCGCGGUCCGGGAACGGCGCCGCGCAGCAGCCGCGGCGCUGCGGCGCCGGCGACCUCGCCGCGCUGCGCGGGUUCUCGGCCGGCCUCGACGCCGCGGUGGACGGCUGGCCGAUCGCCAACGCGUCCGACGACGGGUGCUGCGAUUGGCCCGGCGUGCUCUGCAAUGAUGCGCCAGGGGGGAGCGCCGCAGUCGUCGGGCUGGUGCUGCCCAACCGGACGCUGCGGGGGGAGGUGGCCGCAUCGCUCGCCAGCCUCGCCGCGCUCCGGGUGCUGAACCUCUCCAGCAACGCGCUCCGGGGCGCGAUCCCGGCGGGGCUGCUCCGGCUCCGGAGCCUCGAGGUGCUCGACGUCAGCGCCAACGCGCUCGCCGGCGGGUUGGGCCCCGGGGUGGUGAUCGAGCUCCCGGCGCUACGCGUGUUCAACGUCUCGGGCAACGCGUUCAACGGCAGCCACCCGGUGCUCCCCGGCGCCAGCAACCUGACGGAGUACGACGUGUCGGGCACCAACUUCGGGGGCCCCGUCGAUGCCGCCGCCCUGUGCGCCGAGUCUCCGGCGCUGCGCGUCCUGCGGCUUUCGAUGAACAGGCUCUCCGACGCGUUCCCCGUGGGGUUCGGGCAAUGCCGGUCGCUCACCGAGCUCUCGCUCGAUGGCAACGGCAUCGGCGGCACUCUGCCCGACGACCUCUUCGGCGUCGCGUCGCUGCAGUUCCUCAGCCUCCACACCAACUCCAUCUCCGGCGGCCUGUCGCCUCGCCUGCGCAACCUCAGCAGCAUCGUCCGCCUCGACCUCUCCUUCAACGCCUUCUCCGGGCCGCUCCCCGACGUGUUCGACGCGCUCACCGGCCUACAGGAGCUUUCGGCUCCCUCAAACAAACUCUCCGGCGUGUUGCCCGCCACGCUCUCGCGGUGCCGCCGGCUCCGUGUACUCAACCUCCGGAACAACUCGUUCGUCGGCGACAUCGGCUUAGACUUCCGCGCGCUCAAGAACCUGGUGUACCUCGACCUCGGCGUCAACAGCUUCACGGGCCCCAUCCCGGCGAGCCUUCCCGAGUGCAGGGGCAUGACCGCGCUCAACCUCGGCCGGAACAAGCUCACCGGCGAGAUACCGGCGUCGUUCGCGAACUUCUCCUCUCUCUCCUUCCUCUCGCUCACUGGCAACAGCUUCUCCAACGUCUCGUCGGCGCUGCGGACGCUACAGAGCCUCCCCAACCUGACGAGCCUGGUGCUCACCAAGAACUUCCACGGCGGCGAGGAGAUGCCAUCCGACGAUGCCGGCAUCACCGGUUUCCCCAGCAUUCAGGUGCUGGUCAUCGCCAACUGCGAACUGCACGGCGCGAUUCCGUCGUGGGUCGCCGGACUUCGAAAGCUGAGGGUGCUCGACCUUUCGUGGAACCGGCUCGCCGGCCCAAUCCCGCCGUGGCUUGGGCAAUUGGACCGCCUCUUCUACCUCGACAUAUCGAACAAUUCCCUCCAGGGAGAGAUACCGGGCAGCCUGACGCGGAUGCCGGGGUUCGUUGCCGGCGGCACUCACGGCGGCGACGACGACGAGGCGCAGGUCCAGGACUUCCCGUUCUUCAUGCGCCGGAACACGUCGGUGCAGGGGCGGCAGUACAACCAGGUGAACAGCUUCCCGCCGUCCCUGGUGCUGAGCCACAACAACCUAACCGGCGGCGUGCCGGCUGCUCUGGGGGCCUUGACCAAGCUGCACAUCGUUGACCUGAGCUGGAACAAGCUGUCAGGUCCCAUCCCGCCGGAGCUGUCGGGGAUGACGAGCCUCGAGUCGCUGGACCUGUCGCACAACUCGCUCUCCGGCCCCAUCCCGGCGUCGCUCACGCGGCUCAGCUUCCUCUCCCAUUUCGACGUUUCGCAGAACAAUCUCUCCGGCGAGGUCCCCGUCGGCGGGCAGUUCUCCACGUUCUCGCGUGGGGACUUCGAGGGGAACCCCUUUCUGUGCGGCAUCCACGUCGCGCGGUGCGCGCGGAAGGACCCUCAGCAGGAGCAGGAGGAUGGCCGUGCCGGAGGCGGGCGGCGCGACAAGGAGCGGAGCACCAGCGCUGGCGUCGUGGCGGCGAUCAGCGUCGGCACGGCGCUGCUCCUCGCCGUGGCCGUGGCCGUGACGUGGCGGGUGUGGUCGAAGCGGCAGGAGGACAAUGCCCGGGUGGCGGCCGACGACGACAGCGGCAGCCUCGAGUCAUUGGCGAAGUCGACGCUGGUGCUACUCUUCCCAGCCGAGGAAAGCGACGGCGAGCGGACGAUGACGCUGGAGGACGUGAUGAAGGCGACGUGCAACUUCGACGAGUCCCGCAUCGUGGGGUGCGGCGGCUUCGGGAUGGUGUACCGCGCGACGCUCCCCGACGGUCGCGAGGCGGCGGUGAAGCGCCUCUCCGGCGACUUCUGGCAGAUGGAGCGCGAGUUCCGUGCGGAGGUGGAGACGCUGUCGCGCGUCCGGCACCGGAACCUGGUGCCGCUGCAGGGCUACUGCCGCGCCGGCAAGGACCGUCUGCUCAUCUACCCGUACAUGGAGAACGGCAGCCUGGACCAGUGGCUCCACGAGCGGCCGGGCGCGCUGCCGUGGCCGGCGCGUCUCGGCAUCGCGCGCGGCGCGGCGCGCGGGCUGGCGCACCUGCACGCCUCGUCGGAGCCGCGCGUCCUCCACCGCGACAUCAAGUCGAGCAACAUCCUCCUGGACGCGCGCCUGGAGCCGCGGCUGGCCGACUUCGGCCUGGCCAGGCUGGUGCUCCCGACGGACACGCACGUGACGACGGACCUGGUGGGCACGCUGGGGUACAUCCCGCCAGAGUACGGGCACUCGUCGGUGGCGACCUACCGCGGCGACGUGUACAGCCUGGGCGUGGUGCUGCUGGAGCUCGUGACGGGGCGGCGGCCGGUGGACAUGGCGCGGCCCGCGGGCGGCGGCCGGGACGUGACGUCGUGGGCGGUGCGGAUGCGGCGGGAGGGGAGGCGCGGGGAGGUGGUCGACGCGAGCGUGGGCGAGGGGAGGCACCGGGAGGAGGCGGGCAGGGUGCUGGACGUGGCGUGCGCCUGCGUCAGCGAGAACCCCAAGGCGCGGCCGACGGCGCAGCAGGUGGUGGAGUGGCUCGACGCCAUCGCCGCCGCCGCCGCCCCGGCCUCGCCGCCGGCUGACACCGACCACGGCGUGAAUGGUUGUGACUGGAGAUGAAAAAUUCUAAUGCAUCUGGAGAUGUGUGCACUUGGAAAACUAAAAGUUUUGGAGCACAUAACAUGAUCGUACUCACGCAGUAAAUGCUGACACUGUAA